GCAGCGGGAGGAUCUUUUCCGCUGUUGUCUGCGGUAGGGAUAGUUCAGGUCUGUUCCUUGAACGGUCUUUAUAGCGUACCAUCGCUGCCGGUGAAAUCAUGAGCGGAUACGGGACUAUGGACGAAUACUCAGAAGGCGCUAAGAUCAACGCCAGCAAAAACCAACAAGAUGAUGGGAAAAUGUUUAUUGGAGGGCUCAGCUGGGACACGAGCAAAAAAGAUCUUACAGAAUACCUGACAAGAUUUGGUGACGUUCUUGACUGCACCAUUAAAACCGAUCCGGUCACCGGAAGAUCACGGGGUUUCGGCUUCGUCCUCUUUAAAGAAGCCAUAAGUGUAGACAAAGUACUUGAGCUGAAGGAACACAAACUUGAUGGGAAACUUAUUGAUCCCAAGAGAGCAAAGGCAUUGAAAGGCAAGGAGCCUCCCAAGAAAGUAUUUGUCGGUGGCUUAAGCCCCGAUACUACAGAGGAACAGAUAAAGGACUAUUUUGGGGGUUUUGGUGAAAUCGAGAACAUAGAACUUCCCAUGGACACAAAGACAAAUGAAAGGAGAGGAUUCUGUUUCAUUACCUACACAGAUGAGGAACCAGUAAAGAAGUUGUUGGAAAGCAGAUACCACCAAAUUGGCUCAGGAAAGUGUGAAAUCAAAGUUGCACAGCCUAAAGAGGUCUACAGACAACAGCAACAGCAGCAACAACAAAAAGGAGGAAGAGGGGGAGGAGGAGGCGGAGCAGGAGCAGUAUCAGGACGAGGCGGUGGAAGGGGGAGAGGCAGAGGAGGUCUUAAAGGUCAAGGCCAGAGCUGGAACCAAGGUUACAAUAACUAUUAUGAUCAAGGAUAUGGGGGCUAUGGAAAUGACUCCUACAACAACUAUGGCGGAUACGACUAUUCAAACUACAACUAUGGAAACUAUGGUGGAUACAGCCAACCAGGUUACACAGACUACAGUGGCCAGCAAAGCACCUAUGGCAAGGCUUCUAGAGGAGGUGGAAGUCACCAAAAUAACUACCAGCCUUAUUAAUGGCUUUUAA